AUGAUGCAAAUUCUAAGAGAGGAGGCUCCUUCAAGCUAUUUGAUGAAGAUGGUUGGUUUCUCUGAGGUCAAAUUAAGCCAUCACCCUUACGAAUCUGCUGCUUUCGAUGCUUCUGGUCAUAAAUGGAGAUUGAUAUUUCACCCGGCUGGAAAGGAAGGAGAUGGAAAAGAUCAUGUUUCGGUUUACGCGAGGAUCGAAAACGUAGCUGCUUCUGAAAUGCUUAUGCACAAUUGGGAGGUUAACGUAGAACUCAACUUCUUCAUCUAUAAUCACAACGACAAGAAAUACUCUGUUUUCCAAGAUGGAACCAUUAAGCGUUACAAUAAGGCGGAAAACGAAUGCGGAUUUGCGCAAAUGCUCUCUGUUUCGAAGCUCAACGAUCCAAAAAAUGGGUACAUCAAUGAAGAUGCUUGUAUCAUUGGAGUUGAGAUCUUUGUUAUAAAGCCUAUAGAGAAGCUAGAAAGAGUUGUCUUCACACAUAACCCACCAAACAACAAAUUCACCUGGAAAAUCUCUGAUUUUUCGAAACUAGGAGACGCCAAAUAUCAUUACUCGGAUGAGUUUGUGGUUGGAGAUAGGAAAUGGAGAAUGAAGAUGAAUCCAAAGGGAGAGACCGAGAACAAAGCACUUUCAAUCUAUCUUCAAGCCAUGUCAUAUCUACCAAACGCAAUCGUUUCUUGCACUUAUGCAAAGAUGAAACUUCGUAUACUUAAUCAGAAAAACUCUGACCACAUUGAGAAAACCGUUUGGAAAUUUUAUUCGAGAGAGAAUGAAACAGGAUCUGGAAAAUCUGACCUAAUAUCUGUGGAGGAUCUAAAUGAUGAAUCAAAAGGGUUCCUUGUGAAAGACACAAUCGUUCUUCAAGCUUGUCUGAUGUGCAUCAGUGAUACUAAGUUGGUCGACUCCAUCUAA